CAGUGCCCAUUCUCCUACACCAGUGUUCCUCAAUGCCUAAUGUAAAAAUGCAUUGGUAGUUUGGCAGCUACAGAUCAGUCAAAACCCUUGGCUCCUAUUUCCUAAUUUUUGUAUCAUGUACAUUCAUUGAAUAUCCUAGGGAAUUACCACUUGGGCGGUAUGUUGCUGGAUAUCUUGGUUAAGAAGCUCUGGCCUCUUUUAAGCAGGAAUAUAUAUUUUAAGUUAUUCAUCUCAUCAUGAUACCGAAUCUUCUACUCAGCAGUUAAGUUUUCAGAACUUUUUUUUUCCCUUUGGGUUUUGGGUCACACUAGGGAUGGGAAUGCGGGGGACGGGAGUGCAGGGAAGGGCAUAUGCAGAACAGGGGAUUUGAACUAGGGUCGACAGCAUGCAAGGGAAGCACCUUAACCCUGUACUGUCUCUUGGCAUCUAGGAAGAAAACUUUGGAAAUGAAGUCUCUUUAUGGAACUCCUGCCAAACAGACUCGGAGUGUGUGAGAACGCUUCUGGGUGCGUUUCUUGCAGGUUAAAGAGGCUGCUUGUUGUCAUAAAGGUGUUUGUUUCAACCGCAUUUCUCACCAGUCCUGUUCUUUCUUGGAAACGCGUUCUGUAAGACCCGCUUUAAGUGGUUUGUCAACUGGUAAGUAGGUCUCCUGAGAGCGUCACACGCUACCUUCUGAGUUUCGGAAGUUUUCACCUUAGCUGCAACCUCAAGCACAUGAGCAGACGUCUUUUCACUUCGGAAACCUUCCAACACCGGCCUCACGCAAAGGUAAAGGCACCGGGGGAAAGAGCAAGGGCGUGACAGAAAAAGUGCAGAUCUUCCCGGAACUAAGGAACGCGGGUCUCGGGGACUACAAUUCCCAGCAGGCCCGGCGGGAGCGCCCGGACUCACGCGCGCACGCGCACUCCGGGACAAGGCCCGCGGGGAGCUGUCAGGACAGGAAUAUGGCCGCGCCCGUGCUGCGGCCUGGCCUGGGCAGGCUUCCCAAGAUGCAGCCGUUGUGGCGGGCGAGCCGAGUUCACAGCACUUCCCAGGCCUUCACGGAGGUGCUACGACUGCCGAAGAAGAAAUUGACGGAACUCGUGUUCCCGCUGCGAGAACUCGAGCGGCACCUCGUCCCGGACUCGAGGCCCGCCCUGCGCCUGAACAUCUUCGAGCCGGGCCUGGAGGACAUCGCCAGGGCCGAGAGCUUAUUUACGGCCACUGCCGCCAACCGCAUCGAGUACGUCAGUUCCGCCGUGCGUCUGGACCACGCCCCGAACCUCCCCCGCCCGGAGGUGUGUUUUAUAGGCAGAAGCAAUGUUGGAAAAUCUUCUCUAAUAAAGGCUUUAUUUUCAUUGGCCCCAGAGGUUGAAGUUAGAGUCUCCAAAAAACCGGGUCAUACAAAGAAAAUGAAUUUUUACAAGGUUGGAAAAUACUUCACGUUGGUGGACAUGCCAGGUUAUGGCUAUAAAGCACCUGAAGAUUUUGUUGACAUGGUAGAGACCUAUCUAAAAGAACGAAGGAAUUUAUUGAGAACAUUUUUAUUAGUGGACAGUGUUGUUGGAAUUCAAAAAACAGACAAUAUUGCCAUAGAAAUGUGUGAAGAAUUUGCAUUACCUUAUGUGAUGGUAUUAACAAAAAUUGACAAAUCUUCCAAGGGCUAUCUAUUAAAGCAAGUGCUUCAGAUCCAAAAAUUUGUUGAUACUAAAACACAGGGGUGUUUUCCUCAGUUGUUUCCUGUAAGAUCUCUGCUGGAACUUCCUGUCAGCAUCUUCAGUCUCUUUCACCUUAGGCUUCAUCCAACCCUUAACCACAGUAAAAAUAAAACCCUUCUUUUAAAGAGCAGCUAAACAGCCACAAGCACACUAUCAUCUAUUUCUCUAUUCCUAAUAAGUUAUCUUUAAGGUUAAGAGUUCUUUCAGCUGUGGGGGGAAAAAUUUUUCUUUCAGGGGCCAGGAUGUGGCUCAGCGGUCAGGUACAGACAGAAAGUCUCUCUCUCCUCUCUCCUC